AUAUUAUAGUAAAUGGAUGUCAAUUAGAGUCCAAUUUUUGUGAAUGUUUAUUGUUGUGUUGUAUAAACCUUGUACUUAUUGUGCUGUAUUGUAUUGUGUUGUGUUUACAGGCCUGGUUAUGUCAAAUUGUGAUGUUCUAUUGAGUCAUUAGCCUCAAAAUAUUUUUAAAAGAUAAAUUCUAUUUUAUUCUUAUCUUUGUGCUCUCAUAAUGAUAAAUAACUUGUCACUUGUGUAUUAUGAAAUAUGUGUAAUAAUAAUGUAAUACUAUUUAUAUUAAAUUUGAAUAUUCUGUGUUGAAAUGAAUCUAUUAUUUCCCUGCAAUGAAACCUAUGAACUCUCAUAAUUUGCUUUUCACAGCUACUUAUUAAUAUAUAGUAGGUGCAAACCUUGUUUUGCAGCAUUCCUCUUAUGGAGUACAGUGUUGCCAGAUUUCACCAAAUCCAGAGAGCCAAUUGUGUUAGAGAAAGAGCGAAAAAGAGAGCAUAGACAUUUUUGAUAGAAUCGGCAACAGUGUGCUCCUAUUGGUUAUAUUGGAAUAGUAUUCUUGGCCAUAAAGCCCCGUGCUGCAAACUAAGGUUUGCUCGGACUGUAGCCAAUUAAGACAGCAUCAAUGUUGAAAACUGGUCAAAAAAGAGCAGCGCUUUCAAAUUCACGAAUGACGCAUCAUCACGUCUGAACUACUGGACUGAUUAACUUGAAAUUUUGCAUGUACAUUCUUUAUUCACCAAGGAUGGUUAUAGGACUAUUUUCAAUUCUUCAAGAUUUCGUUGCACGUCAAGUUUUCAGUUUGUCAAGCUGCUAAUUGGAGCCUUGCGGAGCACGGGUUACCUGCUAGUAAUAAAUAAAUGAACUUGUCCAUAUAAUUUGUGGGUGUAUCAUCUAUUGUAACUAUAAUGUAUAAUAUAUUUGCAGGUAUCAGCCACCCCUGUACAAGUGGAGCAAUCAAUCUCAAACGAAGGAGUCAACUUGAUGGAAAAUGAAUGCAAAGACAAGGAACGACAAUCUAACAAAGAGUUAACUCUACCCACUGCCUAUGUCAAACUGUAUCGCAUUGGAGUGCUGGAUAGAAUUGCCAGAACCCUUCACCAAAAGCAGCGCUCUGAUGACGAUUAUGAUGAUGUUGAUGAUGAUUAUGAACCAUCAUCAGCUGAUAGUGAGAGUGAAUCGUCUGCAGAAGAGGGGGAAGUAGGCAACAAUGUAGAAAUGGUAUCAGCCACCCCUGUACAAGUGGAGCAAUCAAUCUCAAACGAAGGAGUCAACUUGAUGGAAAAUGAAUGCAUAGACAAGGAACGUCCAUCUAACAAAGAGAUAACUCUACCCACUGCCUAUGUCAAACUGUAUCGCAUUGGAGUGCUGGAUAGAAUUGCCAGAACCUUUCACCAAAAGCAGCGCUCUGAUGACGAUUAUCAAGAUGUUGAUAAUGAUUAUGCAUUCAUCCCUGACAAAUCGAAAGAAGAAAAAGCUGCCGAUGAACUGUUUGCGAAUUAUCCAGAGCUGGAAGCUCACUACAAAAAGUUGGUGAAUGAUCUAGAGUUGACAAUCACAGCCAACCGGUUCAUAGAGGAUGUGAUCAAGCUGUGGAGCGGGGUGUCGAGUCGGCAUGGGGUGCUGCAACAGUUUGUGGCAUUGGUAAAGGAGCAGAGGAGCACCAUAUCCACCCUCAACUCGGAGGUGGGAGACUGUCUGCGGUCGACUAAGGACAAACAGGAUAAUGUCGAGAAACUCAAAAUGGAGAUAGAAAAAGCUUGGCGAACGGCCGACGCCACCCAUGUAAGGGAGCAGGAAGCUCUGGAGAAUAUUGAGAAUCUCAGGCAACAGCUGUCCAGACUACAGAAUGAGAGAGGAGUCAAAUCAAAAUUAGACUUUGAUCAGAAUGGAGAGUACACUACGGCCGCUAAGAACAGAGAACUACAGUUAAAAGAGAGAGAGAAGCUAGUGAGUGAGUCGGCUGAGCUGAAGGAGAAACUGAGAGCGCUAACUGCUGAGCAUGAAGACCUCGAGCAGAGAUACAGUGCUGCCAACAUGAAAGUCGCUGAACUUCAACAGGACUUGGAGAAUCGUGGAAAUGAAAUAAUGAAAGAGACCCAGUUCAAAGGCCGUCUACAGGAUGAGAUAAAUCGGCUAACAGAUGAAAUGAGAGGGAGAACUGAGGAGGUGCUCGUUCAUAAGUUACAGAUGACCAUGCUGAAUCGAACUGCCAAUCGACUCGAACAGGCCUUGAAAUCGGAAAAGGCAACAGUUGAUAGACUAACUCAACAGCAAGAGGUUCUGUCGCAGCGCUACCUGAAAAUCCAAGAUGAACUAUCCAUAGAAACUCAGCUUUACGAAGAGGCUUCUUCAAAAAUCAACCUAUUAGCUAACCAAUUGAAGAACAAGGAUGAAGAGCUGCUGAAACUGCGAAAUGACUUGUCGCGGGUGGUUAAGCUGACUGAAUCGGCGGCUGUCAGAAUCGAGAAAGCGGAGAGUGAGAGAAAGCGAGUUGAGGAAGAGAGAGACGCUCUGGCCACCAAG